UCCACCUCCCAUCCUAUCAGCUCUUCCAUCUUCUGCAAUCCGUGUGUCACUUAAUUUACUAACUCUGCAACCUGUCGCGAUCUGUGGGCAGUAUCCGGCAGCCAUUGUCUGGAUUUACUCUUCUCCGCCUGAUCAUCGCUGACGAACAAACUAACUGCUCUCAUUUGAUUCGAGUGUAACUCCUGCAACACCUCCCUUUUAACCGUUCGGCAAGCCAUCGCGUGUCGACAGCAACCUUACCCCUGUCCUUCGUCUGUGCUUCCACAUUGUCCCCCUCUCUUAAAUCCCCUCUUGUAUCCUCUUCAUAGCGUGCCUACUCGUUGUCACCUCGCUGUUGUCAACUUGCGUCGCUGCUAACCAACUGUUGUGGUUGUCCUGUUUUGAAAGUUGCCCUUUUUUCUGUUCUGUCAGAAGCAUUUGUCUUAGCAUUUUUUUAUCUCAUCUGCACGGUAUUUUGUCUGUAUACGAAUAACAAGCAUGCUCGCACAACGCAUUUUCCGACCGGUGUCCUCGCUGGUCCGGCCUUUGAGCUCCUCUGCUACUGCCUACCGCGCUCCAUCCAUUCGCGACAUUACCCCCACCUCAGCCGAGGAAUUUGUUGCGCGUCAGAAGGAGUUCCGCGAGAAUUUGGAGGUGGCUCGCAAAAGAAAAGAACAGCAAGAGAGAGAGGAACAACAGCAAGAAGCCAAUCAAUUGCCUAAGCGCGGUCCCUUGUCUUCGCUCAUCUACGGAACGAAGGAAGGUCAGCAACUUGACAAGGAUAUCGAACGCUCGUUCUCCCAAGUCCUCGCUCGCGGCAAAUACGUUCACUCGAUCGUCUUCCACGAGGUCAAGCCCGAUAGAGUAGACGAAUAUGUUGACUUGGUAGGGCAGUGGUACCCCCGCAUGGCCGGCACUGAGGAAAACAGGGUGAAUCUGGUGGGAAGCUGGCGGACGCAAGUGGGGGAUAAUGACACCUUUGUCCAUAUCUGGGAAUACCAACGGUAUGAGGGCUAUCAUGCAUCCCUCCACAACAUCUCCCGUCAUCCGGAGUUUCCUGCAUUUGACCGCAAGCUGAAGAGCUUGAUCAAGAGCAAGAAGACGUCGCUGAUGCAAGAAUUCUCGUUCUGGCCAACGACCCCACCCCGACGACUAGGCGGUCUUUUUGAACUCCGAUCCUACACUCUUCACCCCGUCAUGGAGGGGGUUGGCGCCUGGUUUGUUCAAAUUGGCGACUUGAACACUGUGCACCACCUGUGGCAAUUUGCGAAUCUUGAAGAACGCAAGAUUUGCCGGGAGCAGUCAUGGGGUAUCGAAGGAUGGGCAGAGACGGUGCACAAGACUGUCCCUCUCAUCCAAAGCAUGCAGAGCCGGAUUCUGAUUCCUAUGCCGUGGAGCCCCGUUGGCUAA